AUAAACCUUCAACAUGAGAACUUUGUUUUGGAUCCGCUGGUUUCUUAUUUUCAAAUGUGUGAACACGUCGCAGAAAAAUUUUCAAAUAAUCGUCGAUGAUGUCGGCGCUAAGAUUCUGAACAAGGAGACUAUCGAAAAGUUGGAUUGCCAGGUAGUUCAAAGUGAUAAUCGCAGUAUUGUAAACUGUCAAAUGCUGCUUAAUCGCGAAGUCCCCAAAGUUGAUAUUCGGACAGCAUUGGAAUACAAAAGAGCAAGUGGUCCAGCAAUGAAGUUAUACGAUGCUCGAUUGGAUGCCUGUCUAUUUAUGGGAAGUGCUCAUAAGAACCGAUUCUUUAAUAUAUAUUCAAAGAACUUUAGAAAAUUUUCCAACUUGCAAUGUCCCCUCAAAGCGAACUUUAAUUACACUCUGGAAGGAUUCUAUGUGGACGAACAGGAAUUUCCAUCGUCUGUGCCCUCUGGAACAUUCCGAUGUCUAAGCGAAUUUUAUUUAAACAAAACAUUGAUUGUAUCGCGUAUUAUAGCCCAUGGAAAAGUCACAGACAGACUUUAAACAUAUUUUGACGAUAUUUUAAAAUAAAGUCA